AUGGAAUGCUGCAUCUCUUUAAUGUAUCCAUGGACGAUUGGAAGUGUCACACAAAGAGCGAUGAUGGCCAGAGUGGAUACGGUAACGGUCACAUAUCCGAUGAUACGAUCAAAUGGAGAUUGUGCGACUGGCUCGAAAUGUUUCUUCGGUGAUGAAGACCCUUCACGAAAUGGAAGUUGUCGUAUGAUUAAAGAUUUGAGACACAACUAUUUCAACGCAAUGUUUUCUGACCUUAUCAGCAAUUCGGUGGGCAAAAUUCCGGCAGAUUUGUUUUAUCCGCAGAGCAACAAGUCCUGUGAAACUUCGAGAAAUUGUGAAUAUUCAGAAGUUUGUAUGAUAUCAGCAAAAAACGUUUCUUCAAAUGAGGAAAUCCAGAAACAUUGCUAUAAAAAAUCUCCCUAUUGGACCACGGUCCCCAAGUGGAUCACAGACUCUAUUAAACCAUGCAAUUCGAACUCUCAGUGUUCUAACAAUUUCUGUGUGAAAAUGGGAGGAAAAAUCACAAAAUUCGAAUCAAAAACAGUUUGGAACACAGAAAAAGUGAUAAUUUGGUCUCCGACGAUUUUCGAAAAUUCGAAGAAAACAAUGAAGAAUGCAACGAUAUUUCUGGACGAAACUGAUAGGAAGAAUAGAAAAUGGAAGUUAGAAGUGGCUGGAUCUGAGAUAUUCCAGAAGAAUAUGAGUGGAUGCUUCUUUAGUUUUCAGAAACUUGGAGAUUCUCAUUCAACUCCGAUCCGUAUUCGUUCUGCAAGACUGAACUGUUUGGAAGAACUAGACGAAGCUAUUUAUGCAGACAUUGAAAUCUUCGGAGAAACAUUGACGACUAAUACGGAAUCAAUGAAAUUCGAAGGACUUUGUGGACAUCCCGGUCUCAAUUGCAUAAACUGUUUAGUGGACAAUCAACUAUUUCCAUGUAAAGAAGACCGAGAUUGUUAUGAUGUUGGAAGCAGAGACUGGAUUAUUCGAAAUGAGAAACCAUCUUGUAGUAGUUAUGUUUAUAGUGGACAGAGACUAUGUAAACGAGAGAAAUUCACAUGUCCACCUGAUUCACUGAAUAGUGAUGGAGCAAUUCCGCCAUCUGGGAAACUUUGCGAAGCGGAUGCGGACUGCAAGAAUAUGACAAGUUUCGUGGAUCUUCCCAAUCUCAAAGCCAAUUAUUACCCCCACUGUUUCAACGGUCUCUGCUGUGCAAGGCGUGAACUGUGUGUGAGAGAAGAUAUACUCCCAUAUGCACUUCCAGUAGAAUCGAAUGGAGAAUCUGAAGCUUGUUUCAAAGACGAGGAUUGUGUCAUGUUUCCUGGUUCCAGAGGAUCGUGUGAAGUUGCUCGUCUGCUCACGACGAAGUUAUCAUUCCGAGAACGAUUUUAUAUAAAUGAUAGUGCGAAAGCCUACAAAUACGAUUACGGAAUGUGUUGCUACAAUGAACGAUUGUUAUGCUCACCCGGUACAACACCAUUCGAAGUGGAAUUGGUAGAUGGAGGAUGUUCAGAACACAUGGAUUGUAAUCCAUAUCUGAAACCAUUCGAAUGGAAUUCCUACUGUAGUGAGAACAAGACUUGUUGCAGAGGGAAAACUUCCGAAUAUAUGUGUCCUGAUGGAUUCACACCCUACCCGAACGAGCCAAAAUGUGAUGGGUACAAUAGAAUAAUUGAAUAUUCUGGAAAUUGUCCGAAUGAAAAUGGAAUGUGCUACAAAGGACACUGCUGUCCAAGAUGUAAGUAA